AGCUGCACUACAGUGUGCAGUGUGUUUUUUACUUUAACUUAUUACAUAAUUUUGCUAUCUCAUCCUACACUAUAAAUUAAAUUGAGUGCAUACACUUGAGUAUCUUGAGUAUAAAUUGAGUGCAUAACAGUUGGUCCAACGUAGUUUCAUGCUCUAUAUGAGUUCUGCACGAAGUACAAUAAUGUUAGCUAGAAAAUUUGUCCUCAAGAAAGCCUUUGACGGUUUUCCAAAAUUGUCCGAUUUCGAAUUAGUGGAGGAGACAUUGCCUAAAGAGCUGCAGGAUGGAGAAAUACUUGCAAAAGCAGAAUGGCUAACAGUGGAUCCAUACAUGAGAUUGCGUAGUAAAGCCGGCGAACAAAUGCCUGGAGGUCAAAUUGCAAGGGUUUUACAAAGCAAAAAUGCAGAAUUUCCUGAAGGGUCACAAAUUGUUGGAGGGUUCGGCUGGAGAGAUUUGACGAUUUACAAACCAGUCAAAGGAGGAGUUCGAACGUACAACACAAUUCAUCAAAUGCCAGACAUGAAAGGUCUUCCAGAUGCAUAUGCGUUGGGUGUGGUUGGAAUGCCAGGAAACACUGGAUAUUUCGGAUUAAUGGACAUUUGUAAACCAAAAUCGGGUGAAACGCUUGUUGUCACUGCAGCUGCUGGUGCCGUCGGCAGUACCGUGUGCCAAGUCGGAAAAAUAAAAGGGUGCAAAGUUAUUGCAUUCGCCGGGUCUGAUGAUAAACUCAAGUGGCUGAAAGAUGAUGUAGGUGUUGAUCAUGCCUUCAACUAUAAGGGCGCAGAUUUAGACGCUAUCUUUAAAAAAUAUGCACCGGAAGGAAUUGACUGUUACUUUGAUAAUGUCGGUGGUGAAUUUAAUUAUCACGUUGUGCGAAAUAUGAAAGACUUUGGACGAAUUUCUCAAUGUGGUUCAAUUGGAACAUAUAAUGUUAAAGGGGGUCAAAUUCCAUUGGUGCCAUUUGAUUAUCCAACAUUCCGAAUUAAACACAUCAAAAUGGAGGGGUUCAACGUUGGACGAUGGAAUGACGUAUGGUUCGAUGGGUUACUCCAACUAAGAGACUGGGUUUUAGAGGGGAAAAUCAAAGUGCAACAAAGUGUAACUGACGGGUUUGAAAAUAUGCCACAAGCAUUUAUUGAAUUACUCGAGGGAAAGAACACUGGAAAACAAAUUGUUAAAGCAUAGUAUUGUUUCAAUACUUGUAAACCGUCUAAAUAAAAUCAACAACAAUAUGAAAUUAAA